GCUUUCUACAAUAGUCUGUAAUUGGAUAACAAAGGAGAAGAUGUUGACUCUUUAUGUCUCUCUUCUUCUUGGCUGCACAUGCUGCUUAGCCAGCGAGCUAGCGAUUGACGUGCUUUAUACACCAGAGCUGUGCGAGCAUAAGUCUCAAGAGGGAGACUUCCUUGAAUAUCACUAUGUAGGGCGCUUCGUGGAUGGCUCAGAGUUUGACUGCAGCUUUAACUACAAUCAACCCUACAAGUUCACAUUAGGAAGGAGAGAGGUAAUUGAAGGCAUGGACAAGGGCCUGGUAGGUAUUUGUAUUGGUGAAAGGCGGAAGAUCACUAUUCCUCCAGAGAUGGCAUAUGGAGAAGGCGGAGUUGGAGACACGAUUCCUCCUAAUGCUACAUUGGUUUUCUAUGUUGAUCUAUUGAGCAUCAAACGAAAUAAUGUUACACUGUCUCCAACGGUGACGUCAGAUCAGCUGCUGUACAUGGGCACAGAAGCCUAUACAGAUGAAAGAUGGCAAGACUGUAUUGAAUAUCUUGAAUCCGCUAUUUCUGCAUAUAAUGAUGAACAAGAUAAACUGCUGUCAUGUCUAAGUGAUUGCGAAGAAUCAUUGGAAGCAGACAUCAUGACUGAGGAAUCUGUCGAUUCUAGUGAAAUGUUGUUGCUGAAUCGAUUUCAUUAUUUUUUCAAGAAACACGAGUGUGUGUCACAGUGUAAAGCCAUGCUGUAUGGCAAGAAGAAAACUUACCAAGGAGCCACUGCUGCUGUGUUUGAAGACAAAACUGUUUACAAUUAUCUUCAAAUGUGCUACUACCAUUUGGGCGAAGUAGAUGAUGCUCGACAUGCAGCUGAGACAUUCUACGAUUUCAAUGUUGGCAAUGAGUUAGGAAUAAAUAACAUGCAUUAUUAUGCAAGCUUGAGACGUGAGAACCCUCCACAGUAUAGUCCCAGAGAACAUCACAUGGAGCAUCAGAAACUAUACAGGCAGGGCCGGAUUGCAUAUGGCAAGGAAGAUUACUCAACUGUUAUUGAGGCGAUGGAGGGAGCAUUGGCAAAGUACUACCUUGCUCUUCAGAAAUGCCAACUGAAAUGUAUUGGUAAUUUUACGGUCAAUUUUGAUGAUGAUCUGGAUAAUGAAUUGGGAGAUGAUGCAUUGACCGUAGUGGCUCGUUAUGUUAGUGCACAGGUUUUGUGUUGUACACGAUGUGAGGAAACAUUGACAUUCUUUGAAGUGAAGCCAGGUCUUGUUGAGCAUAGGUAUCUUAGCUCUCAUUACCACUACCUUCAGUUUGCAUACUACAAGAUGGGAGAUUUUAAGAAUGCAUCUCAGUGUGCUGGUACCCAUCGUCUAUUUCAUCCUGAUGAUGAUGUGAUGGCUGGCAAUAUUCGUUAUUACCAGGAAACAGCAAAUGCCAGCAACAUAGAUUUGAUGCCUCGUCAGGAGGCAUUUCACUACCAAGUUCAGCAAACAAAAUUGGCAAUGCUGUUGAAUGUUGCGAGUAUUCCAAACAGUGCAAGAAAGUCAACUAUUCCAGGGCAAAAGGGUGACACAGGAGAAGUGAGAGCAUCAACGAAGGAACAAAAAAAGAAUCUUGACAAACAGAAAACUGAUGCAGAAGACGAGAGAAAUGGUGAUCAAGCUGUUUCCAAGCAUUUUGAGAAUGGAAGCCCCAUUAUUCGCGGUGUUUUGGAAGAGUGACCUAGCUGCAUGUGCAUCUUCAAGUGUGAAACAGGUCCAUGAAAUUCCUUGGACUUCGAACGUGUACUGCAUGAUAUAUCUUGUCUCUGUUACUUUGCCUUGAGAAAUUUCCAUUUAUGGGUCACGUACUGUGCAUGUCAAGAACAUGCAUAUUCAGCAUAUAUUGCAGACUCUGUCUACAUGCAGUGAAGCUUUUCUAUUGAAGACGAGUUGUAGACCAUCUAG